AUGUCCUCCGACUUCUCCGACGCAACGCGCGACACAUACAACCCCGCCAGGCCACCACCGCUCAACUACACCAUAAAAUGCAACCGUAGAGAGCUCGCCAUCAUCGUCUUCUUCACCCUCAUCUUCGCCGAAGCCGGCGUCCUUCCUCUCAUUCUCUUCUACUCGAUACGAUGGGGCGCGCAUCUCGACAACACCAAGAUCCUCGCCAUCAUCACCUCUCUUGUCGGCACCUAUUCCGGCUACAAGAUGGCCAGACGGUCCUAUUACCUCUUCAUCAGCGACAGAGGCCACCAACGCCGCCCUCUCGGUGCUAGCAGGUUUGGACCCGAUGCAUUCACCAUCCAGAUUAGUCUCGCCAUGACCGGCUUCUUCGUCCCCCUCAUCAUCGGCUCUUCUCUAAACCCCGGCUCGGUCCAAACCGUCGCCAUGUCCCUCCCGUGCUUCAUGAUCUGCUUCUGCGUCCCCCUCCUCCUCACCGGCCUCUGGCCACACAAGCUCAAGAUGCCCUUCCGCGUCUCCUCCAUGCCGCCCUACACCGGCCUCCCCCCAGCAGUCUACACGAUGGUCGAGGACGUGGUCGCGGUCGACGGCGGCGGCUGCGUCGAGUUCCGCCAGGCCUGGCGCAUCCGCUACGAGCACUCCGCCAUCAUGCGCCGCAUCGUCCGCGUCACGUCUCUCUGGUGGGGCGCGUCCGGCUGCCUGUUCGCUGGGGCGUUCAUCGCCAUCGCGUGGACGACCGCGGACGACAUUGGGUACGGGAUUGGGUGGGGCCUGCCGUGGCUCUGGGCGAUGGUGUCGGGCGCGCUCACGAUUGGGUGGGUGCACCGCGAGCUCGAGCGCGAGCAGAAGAUGUGGGCGGACCCGGACGUGCACAAGAUCUACAGCCUGCAUAUCACGCAGACGGUGGACGAGGAGAAGGUGGCGGAGGAGGUGAACGACUAUAACGAACGCAACGUAUAA